AUGUCCCUCGUCUCAGACGCCAUAUGGGCUGCCUCACCCACAACCACGCGCGGACAGGCCACGCCCCUCUCAUCCGAUCCAAAGGGCGAGCGCAUCGCCUAUGCGGCACGUUUUGAUCUUGCUCUCUCUGGCAAAUCCAUCUUUCUGCGCUCCAUUGACGAUCCCGCCGUCAGCAAGCAGUACACCCAACACACAACACAGACAACCGUCGCCCGCUUCUCGCCCUCGGGCUUCUAUGUCGCCAGCGGAGAUGUGUCGGGCAUGGUCAGGGUAUGGGACUGCGCCGGCGAGGGUGCAACAAAGGGCGAAUACCCCAUCAUCGCCGGCCGCAUCAACGACCUGGCCUGGGACGGCGACUCGCAGCGCAUCAUUGCCGUAGGUGACGGCAAGGAGCGCUUCGGCCACUGCAUCACCGCAGACAGCGGCAACAGCGUGGGCGAGAUCUCGGGCCACUCGUCGCAAAUCAACUGUGUCUCCAUUCGCCAGCAACGCCCUCUACGCGCAGCCACCGGCUCCGACGACACCAGCCUUGUCUUCUACCACGGCGCCCCCUUCAAGUUCAACACCAGCCUGCGCGGCCAACACAACCGCUUCGUUUUCGGCACCGCCUUCUCGCCCGAUGGCUCCGUAUUCGCCAGUGUGGGUGCCGACAAGCGCAUCUGGCUAUACGACGGCAAGACUGGCGAGGCCAAGAACCAGAUCGGUGAGGGAGUCCAUACCGGUAGUAUCUUUGGCAUCUCCUGGUCCAAGGACUCAAACAGGUUCGUCACUGCUAGUGCUGACCAGACUGUACGCAUCUGGGAUCCCGAAGCCGGCAAAGCAAUCCAGACGUGGAGGAUGGGUGACGAAGGCGUCGUCAGUGUGCCUGACCAGCAGGUCGGCGUAGUCUGGCCCACGGGCCGCAGCGAUGGUCUGAUUGUGAGCGUCGAUCUGGAUGGGAACCUGAACUACCUCGUCGAUGGCAACCCCAAACCAACUCGCGUCAUUCGGGGCCACCAGAAGAACAUCACAUCAGCUGCCAUAGCUGGUUCGACCUUCGCCACCGGCAGCUACGAGGGGCGCGUCCUUGCAUGGGACACGACAACAGGGCUGGCCGACAAGGUUGAAGGCGCAGCCCAUACCAGCUAUGUCGCUGGCAUCACCACGUCCGACAGCAGUAGCGGAAAGGAACUCUACAGUGUCGGCUGGGACGACACCUUACGCUCCAUUUCGGCACCGGACAAGAUCUUUACUGGAGAAGCGCAUGACCUCAAGUUCCAGCCCAAGGGCGUCGCUGCUACAUCCAGCACGGUGCUCAUCCCUUCAUCCGAUGCCAUCGCCGUCUACUCCAAGGGCACUCAAGUCAGCUCACUAGCAGUCAAGUACACGCCUACAUCCAUCGCCGCACAUGGAACUACUGUAGCCGUGGGUGGAGAUGACAAGCUUGUGCACAUCUACACGCUUUCAGGCACCGAGCUCAAGGACACCGAGACGGUGUUGCGCCGCGCCACUUCGCCCAUCUCAGCGCUUGCCUUCUCGCAGUCGGGUAGCAAGCUUGCCGUCGGUGCAGCCAACGGCAAGAUAUAUGCGUACGACGCAAGUGCAGGCUGGAACCUCAUCACGGACAGAUGGAGUGCCCACACUGCACGCAUUACCUGUUUGGCUUGGGAUGAGAGCGAAAAGUACGCGGCAAGUGGCAGUUUGGAUACUAACGUCAUGGUCUGGAGUACGGAGGAUCCCGGUAAGCGCAUCAAGGCUCUCAACGCCCACAAGGAUGGCGUCAACGGUGUGGCAUGGGAAAAGGCAGCGAGGGUCAUCUCAGCCGGCGGAGAUGCAAGUGUCAAAGUAUGGACUGUCAAGGCAUCAAGCCGCCUUUUUGAAGGACGCUCUAAUACGGAGAGUGAAGCGGGAGACUCUUUCAUGGACAACUCUUUGGCCUCUGAUCAUCCCCAUCUCCUGCCAAUGGCAAACCCCCCACACUUCGAUAGGAAUAGCAUGAUGCACCACUCCUCAGAUAGUCAAAAUCCUCGAUAUCUGAACAGCCCCAGUGUAACUGGGUCUGACUCUGAAUGGAUCGUUUUUCAGCAAACCACUUCAUCGCCAAUGCUUCAAGGAUACAAUCAGUCGGUCUACUCGUUUUCGGCUCCAUUGGAGCCCCCAAGUUUAUUGCAUCAGGCUGCAUCGCAGCCUUGUCCCCGCACAACCCGAAAUCUAUCUACAUCCAGCGACUACUCGCAGUUUCCGGUGAACAAUAUCAUGAGCCGGUCGGCAUCCCAGUUCUCGACCAUGUCUUCCGGUCAGCACGCACAUGGCUACAACACGAUCCAAGCGCUACGCGGAUCCUUCGACGGUGCAUCGCCUUUAGACAUGACACGUUCGUACUCGAGCACUUCAGAUAACCCAGAGACUGUAAAUCAGCAGCCUUCAGUGCAGUCAGAUUUCACGUCACCCAACUGGCAUACUGGUGGACAAUUCGCUUUCGCACCACAGGUUCCAAACCAACACACCACAGCUGGCCCCUCGGCCCAGUACCAGUUGGACUUGAAUAAUAACUUGGGCAUUGGAAACGGAAGCAGAAAUCAGUCUUUGGAUUGGAAAACACAUACCACCGACUACUGUUUAUCAAAUAUGCCAAACUACGAACCGUACCUUGGGAUUCGUUUGGAUUCCGCACUUCUCCUGGUCCCAAUGGAUGCGCUUGGACGGACGUAG